GUCAUGUGACGGUACAAAAUGGCCAUUGGGAUGAUAUUUUUUGCUUCAGGCAAAAUAAAAACAAAUAAGCAGUGAUAAAGAUAAUAUGCGCAGACAAUGAGUACUUUUAAACGUCGACUGUAUGAAAUGCUCGAUCGAUUUGGAAAUUUAUGACACAUUACGGAUAAUUAUUACGUUAUGAAAUAAUUUUGUUGUGAUAAAUAAACCUGUUCCGAUUUCUGAAAGUCAAAACAUUUAAAAAGACAUGGCAUACAGGUUCGGUGCCAGUCAUUUAACCAUUGGUGAUGGCUAUAUGAUGCCAACUCUUGAAAUGAUGAAAAAUAUGUCAAUGCAUAUGGGGGAGUAUUUCUACUUUUCUACCACUGUGAAGAACUUCAUGUUUGAAGAUCUCUCUUUCCAUGGCUCAGCAGGUGUGGUCUGUGUAUGCUUGAUCAUCUUCUCCUUCACUGUACUGCUGGAAGGAACAAAAUCGCUCAUAUUCUACCUUCGCCUGCGGCAGAAUCAAAAUCCUCUAACGUAUGGAAAAACGGAGACUUCAAUACAAACAGAAAGGUCUCCGCUAUUCUCUGCUUUAAUGAUUCCGUCAAGCGUUUCUGAAAUAAAGCAGAAAAGGUUAAAGUUCCAUAUAGGUGGAUACCUAUUACAUUCAGUGGAUCUACUUCUGGGAUAUCUUCUGAUGUUGGCAGUAAUGUCUUACGAUGCAUAUAUACUUAUAGCUGUGAUAUUAGGUUCAGGUGUUGGAUAUUUUGUUUUUGGUGCCAUCAACACUAGAAAUCAGAUAAAAUUCCAAGCUUUACAAAUGAGUGUUUAUGACAGAUAUGAUAGCCAGGCUGGGCUAACGAACAGCGAUGCUUCUACUAACGACGCUUCUACUAACGGUUCUAGGUAUGGAAGUAAUGGAAAUACCUGUGACAAAACUGCCAGAUAGUACAGUAUCUAACAAAGUACACUAGGGUCCUCUGUGGCCGAGACUUCACUGACUUCAAAUGACUUGCCCCUCAUCAGUGUUUAUUUGAAACCUUGCCUGGGGUGUCUUACACUGUAGAAUUCUUCAUGUGAGGAAGUCAUCCAGUUGCCUUACGGAAUGUCAAUGAUUCUACCCAGGUGACCAUUCAUGCUUAAAACAAUGCAUGUAUGGGUACCCGCAGUCUUCCUUCAUCAUCAAAAACUGGAAAUAGUCACCAUAUGGCCUAAACUGUGUCAGUGCGAUUGUAAACACUAUUAACAGAGUACAGUAUUUCACUCAGUAUAGUAAAAUGCACACUUGACGAAAUUAGUAACUAAAACAAUGUGGAAAUUAAUUAAUGUGUCCCACAUUUUGGAGGGUGAAGUGAAAUUGUAAAUUGAAUACAGAGUGAAAUAUGUACCAAAUUUAAUGGUGAUUAAUAACAUGAGUUGAGUCUACCUAAUUGUACCGAGUGCAGAAAUGUGGUGUCACUCAUAUUAUGAAUAUGGGACUGUUAAAUUAAAUGAGCCGUGCCAUGAGAAAACCAACAUAGUGCGUUUGUGACCAGCAUGGAUCCAGACCAGCCUGCGCAGUCUGGUCAGGAUCCAUGCUGUUUGCUAACAGUUUCUCCAAUUCCAAUAGGCUUUAAAAGCGAACAGCAUGGAUCCUGACCAGACUGCGCGGAUGCGCAGGCUGGUCUGGAUCCAUGCUGGUCGCAAACCCACUAUGUUGGUUUUCCCAGGGCACGGCUCAAAUGUAGAGUAUUUUUAUGUAAGAAAACAGGAGUUGACUGUUUAAGUCAGUACAUGUACCCAUUCUGAUUCACAUGUUACAAUAAUUAUGGUUACUGAACAUGAUUAGUUAAUCAUUCAUCUAUGCUUGAUUCAGUACCAAAGUCACUGUUUGCAGUGUUGUCGUCUAUGAUUUAUCCAGUGCCAAAGUCAGUUAAAAAUGCUGCCAUCCAUGCUUGAUUCAGUACUUAAGUUCAAAAUUUUGAAAACAAUGAGUUUAUUAGGGUAUAAUUCAUCAAUAUGUUGAAAACUGAGUUUGUUAUUGGGGUAUAAUUCAUCAAUAUGUUGAAAACAAUGAGUUUAUUAGGGUAUAACUUAUAAAUAUGUUGAAAGCAGAUAGUUUAUUGGGGGUAUAAUCUAUCAAUAUGUUGAAAACAAUGAGUUUAUUGAAGAAUUAUAUAUGUUAUAUUUAUGUAAAGAACUGAAAGGGAUGAAAAUAACAAUAUUCAAAACUGAAACAGCGAUGAUUGACAUGAAGUAUUUAAAUGUUAAUGUUUAAAAAAAAUUUUUAACAUAAAUCAGUGUGUUUUAUUUGGGAUGAAUUUUCACGCAUUUAGGUUGUUUGUGAAGCUGUACAGAGACAUAGCUUGGCAAAAUUCAAUGUAUAAGCACCAGUUUUUUAGUGGGGAUCCAGAGGAUCAUGCCUGCUUUGAAACUUUUAAGCUUCUCUAUUAGGCAGUUGGAGGUAUUUUGAGAGGAAAAAAUUAAGUUGAUAGUUCUGCAGUUUUUGUUAUGCUUAAAAGUAUUUUCCAUACAUGUGCUGUUAAAAUAAACUUAAUAGAAAUAUCGAAAAUAACAAAGCAUGUACCGGGUAAUUGAAAGCAUUUCAUACUAUAAACUGAAAGAAGAAAAAAAAAAUGUAUAACUGACAACAGCGAGAAAUGUAUCCCUGCCACAUGAGGCUACCAGUCCAAGCAGUAUACAAAAGAGCUUACCCGCCUGUCAACACUCGGCCGACUGUGUUUGAUCUCAUUUAUAGAAUUCAUUAUUCUUUUUUGUUAAAUUUCAUUAACUACAUAAAUGGAGGUCUUUGGACCGUGUCUUUGAAUCCUUUUAUUUUGCUGGAAUAUUGUCUUUCAUACACCUUUAUCUGCUAACCCUUCAGUUUGAAUUUUAUUUUUGGCAUAUAUAUAAUUUUUUUUUUUUCUAAGUAAAAUAUGUGUAAGCAUGUGCGGGCUCAGAGCCUGUAGGAAGCUACGCCACUGCUGUAUAUUUUGUUUUAGAGUUAAUGAGGUUCGAACAUAAUCUAAUUUGCAUUAUUUAUACAUAAAAACAAAUGUCAGCUAUUUAUUUACGCAUGGAGCUUUGCAUCAAUCUAUUACAGCAACAGAUUAUGAUGUAAACAGAGAGAAUACAUUAUGAGAAUAUAUUUUGUAUUUUUUAAAGGAGCAACAUAGAUAUUUCAUAUAGGUCAUUUUUAAUGCUGUUUAUUUAUUGAAAAUAACUUGUUGACAAAAUUUAUAUAUAUCGUCUUUUUUAAAAUAAUUGGAUUAUCUGACAUUUUGGUAUUAGUCAACUACCUUCCUUGUUAUGUAUAUCAGUCAUUCAAUGCUUACAAGAUACUCACAUUUAGAUUCAAUGGUAUUAAUUUUCUUGGAACUUAUCUUGCUGAUAUAUGAUACAACUAACAAAAAUGGCAUAUUUUAUUUAAGAUUGGUAUUUUAAUUGAAUCCACAAUCACGUAAUACCACAUGCUUACAUGCUCAUCAUUGUAUACCACGUGCUUACAUGCUAAUCAUGUUAUACCCCAUGCUUACAAUGUCAUGCUCACCAUGUUAUACCCCAUGCUUACAAUGUCAUGCUCACCAUGUUAUACCCCAUGCUUACAAUGUCAUGCUCACCAUGUUAUACCUCAUGCUUGCAUGCACAUCGUGUUAUACCUCAUGUUUCCUAGUCUGUGUUCAGACCCUGUUUUGUUCACAGGAGAUAACUCCUGAGGCUAUUCGAAGUUUAUAUAAUUAUGUCCCUUUUCUUCUCAAAACAUACAGAAUCAGAGCCAAGACUGAUGAAGUCAGAAUGUAUAAAAGGAUGUAUAAAAGAAUUAUUUUUUCUAAAAGAAAAAGAUUACCUAGUCAGUAGCCAGACUACAUGUUUCCAUUCUCAUCAUGUUAUACCCCAUGCUUACAUGCACAUCAUGUUAUACCCCAUGUUUCCAUGCUCAUCAUGUUAUACCUCAUGCUUCCCACUUACAUGCUCAUCAUGUUUUCCAUGAACUUACAUGCUCAUCAUGUUAUACCCCAUGCUUACAUGCACAUCAUGUUAUACCCCAUGUUUCCAUGCUCAUCAUGUUAUACCUCAUGCUUCCCACUUACAUGCUCAUCAUGUUUUCCAUGAACUUACAUGCUCAUCAUGUUAUACCCCAUGCUUACAUGCACAUCAUGUUAUACCCCAUGUUUCCAUGCUCAUCAUGUUAUACCUCAUGCUUCCCACUUACAUGCUCAUCAUGUUUUCCAUGAACUUACAUGCUCAUCAUGUUAUACCCCAUGCUUACAUG